AUGGCUUCUGGGCGGCUGCUGGCGAGGCGCGCUCUGCGGGGUCUGCCCGGGCUCCGGGGCCAGGGGGCGUCGGGCAGGUACCUCCACACUGAAAAUCAUGACACGGCACGCUUGGAAACCUCCUCUGCCAAAACUUUGACGGACAUUGGAACUCGGAGGAUCUUCUCUUCGGACCACGACAUGUUCCGGCAAAGCGUCAGAAAAUUCUUCCAGGAGGCCGUGGUUCCAUAUCACGCCGAGUGGGAGAAGGCUGGGCAGGUAAGCAGAGAGCUCUGGGAAAAAGCCGGCCAGCUGGGGUUGCUGGGAGUCAACAUAUCAGAAGAACAUGGUGGUAUAGGAGGCGAUCUCUUCUCUGCAGCGGUCGUCUGGGAAGAACAAAUGUAUGUGAACUGCACGGGCCCCGGAUUCAGCCUGCACUCUGACAUUGUCAUGCCUUACAUUGCCAACUACGGUUCCCAAGAGCAGAUUAAAAGAUUCAUUCCAGCGAUGGCAGCGGGAAAAUGCAUUGGCGCGAUAGCCAUGACCGAGCCGGGGGCAGGAAGUGAUUUGCAGGGCGUACGGACGUUUGCCGAGAAGGAUGGGACCGACUGGAUUCUAAAUGGCAGUAAGGCAUUCAUCACCAACGGUUGGAUGAGCGAUCUGGUGAUUGUCGUGGCCGUGACCAACCGCGAGGCCCGGUCUCCCGCUCACGGCAUCAGCCUCUUCCUAGUGGAAAAUGGAAUGAAAGGCUUCGUCAAAGGGCGUAAGCUGGAGAAAAUCGGCCUGAAGGCACAGGACACGGCAGAACUCUUUUUUGAAGACGUCCGUCUGCCCGCCAGCGCUUUGCUUGGGAAGGAGAACAAAGGCUUCUAUUACCUCAUGGCUGAGCUCCCUCAGGAAAGGCUGUUGAUAGCUGAUAUGGCCAUUGCCAGUUGUGAAUUUAUGUUUGAAGAGACAAGAAACUACGUCAAAGAAAGAAAAGCUUUUGGAAAAACGAUUGCACAUUUGCAGACGGUCCAGCACAAGCUUGCGGAACUGAAAACACAGAUUUGCGUAGGCCGGGCGUUUUUGGAUAGCUGCCUCCAACUUCACUCAGCAAAACGCCUGGACUCUGCCACUGCUUCGAUGGCCAAAUACUGGGCUUCUGAUCUCCAAAACAUUGUGGCCACCCAGUGUGUCCAGCUCCAUGGAGGAUGGGGAUAUAUGUGGGAAUAUCCAAUUGCCAAAUCUUUUGUAGAUGCUCGUGUCCAACCAAUCUAUGGUGGUACCAAUGAAAUAAUGAAAGAGCUUAUUGCUAGAGAUAUUGUAAGUGAUAACUAAGCCUGGGGUUGUCCGGGUUCCCGAAUCCAAUUACUGUUGACAUGGAACUCAGUAAUACAUGCAAAUGAAUUUGGAGGAAGACACUUUGUCUGGUUGAAGAACAGGAAACACUAUUAUUAAAAAUAC